CUUUGUUUCCGUCUGUGUUUGCAUAUGAUGUACAGUGUGUGUGGGGGGUGUGAGGGGAAAGGCAGACAAAAGGGUGCUGGACUGGUUAUGAAACAGAUGCCCGUAUCACAUGUGCCCGUGGGAGAUGUUGAACAGUGGGUGGGUCGGAUGAUGAGCCAAAGACGGUAUUACCGCAGCGAGGACAAAGUGCCCCGAGAUCCUUAACCAACCUGUUUUCAUCUUGCAGACCUCCCUUGCGUGUCACCCCCACCCACCCCCGCAGCAUGUCUCCCCUUGGCUUUAAUCCUUCUUAUGGCAGAUAUUCUUCACUUGUGCCAGGGCAUUCAGUUGCUCAUCCUGAUAGGCCCCUGUGCUCAUGGCCAGUCAGUCUUAAGCUUGACCAUCUGUCCUGUGCCCGAUGUUUGUUAGCUCCCUCCCUCUGCCCCCGCUCACACUUGGCUUGAGGAAUUAUGGGUAUUGUGGGUGUUCCCGCGGCGUAAACACAUACCCUGCGAGUCCUGUUGAACAAACAAAAGGCAUUCAAAUUGUUGUGAUCGUGGCUGAAUGGCUUUGAAAACGACUGUAAUCUAAUUGCAAUGUUUUCCUCAAUAUUGCGAUGGCGAUCGACACAUUUUUUUUCAAGAUCCUCCUCCCAUGUAUUUUUUUUUAACAAAUACAAAGAAUACAUUAAUGAGUAUUACAAUUAAGUAUGUCAGAAUGUCAUUGUACAUAGAUGUUUUUGUCUUAUAGGUCAGACUUAUGCUAAAGUAAAUGGCAAAUGAACUACACAUUGAAAUUAACAAUAACUGACUAAAACUUGCAAAUAGCAUACUGGCUGACUGAAAUGACGUUUUUUUUUCUCAAAGUGUAGCCUUUGCAAUUUGAAAAUUGCAUUCCACAACAUUGCGACGAAUUGAAUUGGAUUCAUUGUCCAGUUAUGAUGCACACUCUGAACUCAAAUAUUGAUAAAAGAGGGGAAUUGAUUCAUCCAUUUUCAAUUUUGUUUUGGUGUCGCGGCCCCAUAUGACUUUGAGCCAAAGGCAGAUGUCACCUUGGACUAAGGCCGGACGUGACUCCAUUUCCUUGAUCCAGUAUGGGGGGGAAAUUAACAAUAAAUGGAGGCACCGUUAUUUACAAAGUAUUUUUGAAGGGAUGAGACAACCUCUCUGAAUGUCCUGCACUCUGUUGCCAUGCUUUUAUGAAGCAACAUAACGCGGCCCGAAGGAGUUGCCAAAGUUAAGGUUUGCCUGGGCUCAACUUUUCAUGUGGCUGAUGGCAGGUUGUUUGGCUCAGUGCUUCUCAACUGGUCACCAGGGGACCUGCGAUUUCCUGCUGAUGGAAGGUUGUGACAAACUUAUAUAGAAUACGUAUCUGUCUGGAUGUGCUACAUCGAGACCUAAGUACACACUGAAAGCAGAUGCUGACUGAGCCUGCCAUCUUCGCGAGAGAGACCAGCUGCGAUUGCCGCGCCCCUCAUGAAAAGCUCACCAUCGCUCAGGCCCGCAGAGGCACCCCGGUGGAUCGUCCGGUGAGAGUCUACGCAGACGGCAUCUUCGACCUGUUCCACUCGGGCCACGCUCGGGCUCUGAUGCAGGCCAAGAACCUUUUCCCCAACACCUACCUCAUCGUGGGAGUGUGCAGCGACGAGCUGACCCACAAGUACAAGGGCUUCACCGUCAUGACGGAGACGGAACGCUACGAAGCGCUCAGGCAUUGCCGCUACGUCGACGAGGUGCUCAGGGACGCUCCCUGGACGCUCACGCCCGAGUUUUUGGAGCAACACAAGAUCGACUUUGUGGCUCAUGAUGAUAUUCCAUACUCCUCAGCAGGGAGCGAGGAUGUCUACAAACACAUCAAGGAGGCAGGAAUGUUUGUGCCCACUCAACGCACCGAAGGAAUCUCCACGUCGGACAUCAUCACCAGGAUUGUCCGGGACUACGACGUUUACGCCCGUCGCAACCUUCAACGUGGCUACACGGCCAAGGAGCUCAACGUCAGCUACAUCAAUGAAAAGAAGUAUCGGCUGCAGAACCAAGUGGACCGGAUGAAAGAGAAGGUUCGCAAUGUUGAGGAGAAGAGUAAACAUUUCGUCUACCGGGUGGAGGAGAAGAGUCACGACCUCAUUCAAAAGUGGGAAGAAAAAUCCAGGGAGUUUAUCGGCAACUUCCUGGAACUAUUCGGACCUGAUGGGACUUGGCAGAAGCAGGUGUUUCAGGAGCGCAGCGGACGAAUGCUUUCCUACGCUCUGUCUCCGAGAGAGUCGCCCUGCAACAGCCCUCCGCGUGAACUGUCUCCCCUGCGCUCGCCGUCGCCGCCGUCUCCGCCCGCCCGCUGGCACAACGCGCGGCCCUCGCCGCCAACCUCCCCCAAAGGAGCUUCGGCGUCUAUCAGCAGCAUGAGCGAAGGCGACGAGGACGAGAAGUAGACGGGCCGCCGACGGCUCCCACAUGCGCGUUCACGGAGCGCCGCCUGAGAAUUUGUCACACGUGUGCCCACGUACAAUUCCCACACAAACACUGGACGGCCACCAAAAACACUUGACCUCAAGGAAAAUAGCAAAAGCAUCCCCAAGCUGUGGGAUUUCUGUGCAUGAGAGGUCUGUUCAGCUGGCUUCUGAAGAAGCCGUCACAAACUGGAUGCUCGUGAUCCGGGUCUCUCGUAGUUAGGGGGGAAAAAAAAAAAUCAGGGUGUCCCAAAAAC